AUGUCAGUGGUUCCAUCGCCACCCUCCAGCUGUCCUUCGUCAUCCGCCGCUCCAUUUUCAAACAACAUGCGAUAUGAAGUUAUAUUGGAAGCUCCUACUGCAGCAGCACAAAAGAGCGAGGAUUUACCACUGACUUAUCUAAACAAAGGCCAAAUGUAUGGGUUAAGCAUAACAGAUGCAGAGGAAUUUGAAGGUGACAUCUCGACCACCGUCAGCAUCAUGUUCCAUGACGAGUCGCAUCGAAAAGUCGCUGUUGACUUUUGGAAGUUUUGGUUGAGCCAGCAAAAAGAUCCUGACAAUGCACGUGCUAUAGACAUUGAUACAACGCAUAGCAAUGGCGUUUACAAUAUCGAAUGUCCUUACUUUGAUGGUAUCUCUUUUCGAUGGAAUGGCAAAGCUGGCGUAUCUAUCAACAUUCGAUUCAACUUUUUGUCCACCGAUUUCUCUCGUAUCAAAGGUGUCAAGGGUAUUCCGCUGCGUUUACACGUCGCCUCACAAGCCGUUGCCGCCGAAUCAACACCAUUGGAACGAUGUUAUUGCCAAAUCAAGCUCUUUCGGGAUAAGGGAGCCGAACGAAAAAACAAGGACGAUGCACGUCAUAUUGAAAAGCAAUUAGAAAAGUUACGUGGCAAAAAUGGUGAACCCCAUCCAAUGUGGUUAGGGUAUUUGCAAACGCAGCCCUACACGGUCCUUUGUGCCUUUGCAUCAUCCUCACCCCCACCAUUAACACAUCCCCACCAUCUAUUGCAGCAACAACAACAACAAUACCAUGAUCACUAUCGACGAUUUAACGAGCAUACUACUGUAUCAUCGUUACCUAUGACCCCCACUACCACCACCCAAGGCGUUGGUGUUAAACGACCUUAUGACAUGACACCUGGUGGUGGUGUUACUAUUCCACCACCACCCUCAUCAGCAGCAGCACAGCAUCAGCAGCCUUAUUUUAUGCCUCCAACAGUGACAGAUAUGGACCCAUCCUAUGUUCCUCAGCAACGGCGUCGUACAGCAAAAUUAUGCCUAUUUGCAAAGUUGCCCAAUGAGCACCUGCAUCGUGCCAUUUAUCUCGAGGAAUUGACUGUGGAAGACUUGAAGGACAAGCUCGCCAGCAAAAUGGGACAUGAAAACAGCAGUCAAAUUAAGGAGGUCGUUCGCCGCGUGGCUGGUAAAGAAGAUGUGGUUGUACAGAUCGACGAUACGGUCGUAAGCGAUAUGCCCGAGGAACAAGUCUUGGAGGUCGAAACAAAGUCCAAUGACAAUGAUGACUCCUUGACGCUUAUGCUUUUGUAUUGA